GUAUUACAAGGUAAGCCAAGUCAAGUAUGACUACAGAAACCAGUUCUCAGGAUAUCAACAGUGUGACUCUCGGACCUGAUUGGUUGCGCAGCAAACCAGUGGCCGUUUUCUCCAAGAACAGGUAUGGUCAGGAAGAAAUACUCAAUCUGUGGACAGCGGCACAGUGUCCACAAUCCAUAUUGUCCAUACCCGAUCUUGCAGCACCGGAACCUGUCAAACCAGCCUGCUUAUCUGGUCAUCCGGAAGAGAGCCAGGUUACAUUCCCUUCCGAUUCCUACCACAGCCGAGGGUUGAGCAGUGACCGAGGGCGUGGCAGACCGUCCACUAGAAGUAGAGGUGGGGGAGUGGGGAGGGGCGGAACAAGGCGUGAAUUUUCAGGCGGUUCCUCCCGGUACUUCGAAACACCAAGAAGUGCAGACUCUGACAAUUGGCGGCGCAGAGAUCCCAGUCCGGACUCCCUCCCUCCCUCCCUCCCUCAGCCUGAUGGCCCUGUACCUGUCCUAGUAAACACGGCCGAACAGCCCCCAUCUUACCCCCCCUACCCUCCUAAAUCCAUCUCUCCCACACGCAUCGACAACAGAGAAACAAACAGCUGGAAAAGGACAGAAGCAUUUUCGCCUCCGCAAGCAAUCUCGCCUCCACAGGCAAUGGAACCGCCGUCUCCUGCACGAACCGCAGCACUGCAGUUCAACUCACUAGAGGAGCAGCAGCACUUCAAGCCUGUGGAGGACUCGCCCGAGACCAUGUUGAGGAGCAUCAGCCAGUCUCUGUACAAUGUGGAACCCACCUCUAACUCAAGCACUGAGGCUUUCAACUCUCACGUCCUUUUUUCAAACUUCAGCGAUUCGCAAGGUGGUGGUGGUGGUGGAAUGUUCGGGAGUGUUUCCUCUCCGUCUGUGGAAAUCCCAGGAUCUUUACCAUCGCAACUGUCAGUGGACAUCCCGGGGCCCCUGCCAUCACAACUCUCUAAUGCCUCAACGUCCGGGACAACUCCAACGUCUCCCCUCGACAUGCCUCAGCUCUUCAACCGUGACACAAUCUCGCCCCAAGUCACUUUCCCCUCCUCCUCCUCCUCACUUACCCCCACCCACCACACCACCUCCCCCAAACCCUUCUCCGGGGGGUCUCCUCCAUUUCCUUCUCUUGCGGAAAUAGGGAAAUCCAUCAACAAUCAAGUUGGAGGUGAGAUGCUAAGAGGACCAGGUUUUAUACCACCACCACAACCUCAACUUCCUCCUCAACCGCAACAGUCUCUAAUAACCAUAGUAACGCAACAGUCUACCUACCGAGCCGACGAGAUGUGGUUUUACCUUGAUCCAAAGGGUAACACUCAAGGACCGUUCGACUCGGUCAAAAUGUUUGGUUGGUUUAAAGAGGGUUACUUUGGGAUGGAUCUUAAGAUUAGACGUUCUGCUGACACACAGUUUACUAAAUUAGAGAUAAUGAUUCAGCAGUGUGGCCGCAUACCAUUCCAGCCUGAAGACAAGCAAUCGCCGCCCCCUCCGCAAACAUCUCAACUAGGACACAUCACUCAGCCCCCUGCAGCUGUACCCGCCUGGACGACCAGUGCUAGUGGCAGUAUCUGGGGGAGCACAGUUGAAACUUCCAGCAGUUAUAACGGUCUCACUAACACUUUCAACGUGGAUAGUGAGCAGGUAAGGAGAGCGGAGGAGAUUAAAAAGGAGAUAGACAGGGCGGUGAAACUGGAACAACAACGCAAACUUGUCAAAGAAGAGGAGGAGAUACAGCACUUGGCACAGCUGGAAAACGACAAAUACCUCUUAGCACAACGACAAAUUAUGGAAGCAAAACUGGCCGAAGAACAACAACAACAGGAGGAACAGAUGAGGAAGAUAAGAGAGGAUGAAAUAUUAAAGAGCAAAUUAUUCGAGGAAGAAGCUGAAAAGAUAAGACAGGAAAAAGAGAGACUGGAACUAGAGCGAAUAAGACAAGCAGAAAAGGUGAGACACGAGCUGGAGCAGGCUGAGAAAGCUAGAUACGCACUGGAACAGGAGAGGAUAAAGCUUGAGAAAGAACGACAUCUUGUGAAACUUAAGGAGGAAGAACUGCGUCGAAGAGAUGAAGAAGAAAGGCAGCGGCGGGAUGAUGAAGUCAGGGUAGCUGAAGAGAGACGAGCCGCGCAGCAGGCAGCUGCUGAAGCCAAGGCCCUCGCAAAGGCCCAGGAGGAAGCCACUGCAUCAGCCAUCAAAGAAGCUCGUCGUCAAGCUGACGCGAAGGCCAAACGUGAUGAGCAAUUACGCCGUGAAGAACAAUCGAGAAGGGAAGAACAGGCACGGCAUGCUGCCGCUGAACAAGCUGCUGCUGUAAAGAGACGAGAACAGGAAAAUGUUUGGGCAACAAAGGUGUCUAAAUCACCUCCAGCGCAGGAGAACACGAAUCCUUGGGCUAACAUGCCUAAAACGAAUGUUACCAAAUCUGCUACACGAACUCACCAACCCACCACGAAAACGUGGGGUAAACCUGAUGCUGUGUCAAUACCGCUCUCUCAAAUUCAGCAAGAUGAGGCCAAGAUGAAGAAAUCCGCCCCUAGAACGCAAGCGCAUCCUGAGCCAGUAGUAUCUAGAGCUACAACAUGGGCCACACAGAAGCAGCCCUCAAAGACCAGAUCUCUGGCGGAGAUUCAGCGCGAGGAGGAGAGAAGAACCACCCAGGAACAGAAUCUUAACUACGCCCAAAACAACGACUGGAACCCAGUAGCGGGAAUGUUAGAAGAUGAUCCCAGACCUGCUCCCAAGAAACAGACCAAACCUCCGCCGAAGAAACCGCAACAGCAACAGCAACAGCAACCUAAAGCUCCCACUAAGAAGAAGAACAACCAGGCACCAUUACUCGACAUGUUUGCCAACUCUACCCCAAAGGACGAGUUUACAAUCUGGUGUGAAUCUCAAGUGUCGGGUUUCAAGAACCAGCACAUAGACGUUCCGACGUUUAUUUCGUUUCUCCGUGAUGUUGAGUCUCCGAGGGAGGUGCGAGAAUACGUUGUCAGCUACCUGGGGGACACACUUUCAACUGACAAGUUCAUACAGGAAUUUAUAGCUAAGAGGAAGACGGCUAACAACAAAGGAGCAGCUCCUGAUACAGCUCAGGCUAACAACACAAACAACAAAGGAAAUGCAGGAGGAGCUCAACAGGCUACCCAACCACAGACCACCUCUAAACGCGGUAAACGCAAGAAGAUGCAGAAAGUAAACGCUGCUUCACUCCUUGGAAUCAACUGUACGGCAAGCAGUGACGCGCGCAACAGAGGUGACAUCGACAGCGUGGUCAUCCAAUAAUAUUUAGAUGUUACCAUGGUUACCACCUAGAUGAUGGAGCGGGAAAAUUUCCCGAAAGAGGCGGGACCCCGGGCUUCUUCUCACUUUUCUAACAUGGUCGUUUUGAUUGUUUAGAGUCGGUGUUUUGGAUCGGCAGUUGAGAUCUGUAAUUGGUUUCUGAUUAAAUGAAAUUAAAGUGUAGUUCAUUUA